GUUUUCUGCAGCCCGGCGCCGAGGGAAGGAGCCGCGGACACGGAAGGGAGCUGCGCGGAUCGGCCGGACUGUUCACAGCAGACCCCCGCGCGUUCCGCUUCAUGUCGUUAAACACCGGCGAACACACCGGUCCAGUCGUUUGAGAUCGCAACCUUGUGAACAGCCCGCGCUGCAGCCCCCCCACCCCCCAUCUCAGGAUUUCGGAUCCCAUCUUACCCAGGGACUCGGAUGUCUUACAAAUAAACGGACGAGGAUCAUUUUGCUGGCACCCGAUUUCCGACAAUCAGGGUUUGUGGUGGAAAAAGAAAGAGCAUAAUUUCGCCCCUGCGACUUUUUAGUCGUUGCGUCUGCCUUCGGCCAGGAUUUUGCCUUGAAAACACACACCGGAGUGAGUGUCAUCUCAAUUUCCAGGGACAUUGUUGUGUGACUGAGGGCAGCAGCGACUCGAGUGCGUCCGGUGUUUUCGCGGACGCGCAUUUAUAUUCCCGUCUCGGCAUCUGCGGGCGGCGAUCUCGCUCGAUUUUUAGGAGAAACUAAGUAAGCUGCGGGGACGGUGACAUGCCGCCUCACGCGCCACAUUUUCACGGAUUUGCGGUGCGCGCUUUGCGCUCGGAGGCGGGGAUGAAAAUCGGAUCACGCUGAUACUUUGUUUACAGCGAGUAAGUCCCGGUCCGUGACCGUGCUGCGCCGCGCGAAUUCGGAAUAGUACCGGAUAGCCGACGGCGAAUGCGCUGUUUCGGCUCCGCAGGCGCGCCUUCCACCUUAUUUAUGCGUUCGCGAGGGACGCCCGGGAGCGCGUCGCUGUAGCCGCGGCGCUCGUCUGGAUUACAACACCGCGGGGGAAACUGGAUAACUGAACGGCAACUUGAUUCACUCGUCGAUCGCAGCCGAAGCGGGGGAUGAACACACGGGAUUGCUUCACUUGUUCGCCCCAAAGUGCAUCCUCGCCGGGCUCUGGAUCAUCAUCAUCAUCAUCAUCAUCAUCAUGCUGUGAUGAGAGCACCGCUGCCGGCUUCUCUGUCUCUCUCUCUGCCUGGUCGCCUGCGCUCGGAGGAAGAUUGACCGGAGCGGCGAUCUGUAUGGCUCUCUAAGCUGCGCCAUCGAGCAGUUCAGGACGCAGCACGGUGCCAUUUGGCUGUAGACCUCCAGUGGUGCAACAUGUUGGCCUGUCUGCAGAGGAGGCAGAACCCAGCGGAGCAACGGCUACCGUGCAUUGGAAGAACCCUGGAAGCCCCGCCCCCCACCACCCGCAAAUUUGCGGGUGAUCCGGCGGCCCUGGCGCAUUCUCGGCGGUAUCCGAGCCCGGCCGAGCUGGACGCUUACGCCCAGAAGACCUCGGACAGUCCCCUCUCCAUCAAGAUCUUCCCCACCAACGUGAGGGUUCCUCAACACAAGCACCUCAGCCGGACCGUCAAUGGCUUCGACACGUCUGGCCUACGGUACGGCCCAUAUCCGCUCCUCCAUUCAGGAGGAUACCGUGGUCUGCUGGCCAUCGCUAAGACCCCCCCGACGCCCACGCCCAAGGGUGUUGUGAAAUCUGCCGAGGGCAAGCGGACCAAGGUCUCCCAAGCACACAUCACGGUGGCACCUUACCCGCUGCCCGGUAACGCUCUGGCACACCGGCAGCGGCAGGCGGGCUACCCUACGGCCCUCCCUAAGCCUCCCGAGGCUCCCGGCGCCACAGCCACCGCCUCUGUUGUCCCUGUUGUGGGAAGCAGAGGCCUGGCCCUGCCUACCCAGGCCAAUCUCCCCUCCAUCCAAAGCCUCAUCUACCAGAUCAACCAGCACUGCCAGCCCCAGCCUCCGAGCCAGGUCCCGGAGCAAGCGGGCGCCGGUGCCCUGACUGGCGCGGCUGCAGGUGCCAAUGCCAGCCCCUCCACGCAGCUCACGGCAGUGGCGGCCGUGGCUUGUCCCAGCACCCCCGCAGGGGGUUUUGCAGCGGGCGAGGUGCCCCAGGAUUGCUUGAUCUACACCGGAGCGAUGCUACCCACACAGGGUGCGGAGAUGACGAAAGCCGGGCCCUACGUGGACAAUGUGGAUUACCUUCUGUGGCAGCACAAGCAGCAACAGCAGCAGCAGCAGCAGCAGCAGCAGCACCACCACCACCACCACCACCACCACCACCACCAGCAGCAGCAGCAGCAGCAGGUGGCCCUCCGGAUGUACAGCACAGGCAGCGGAGGAGGGGGAGCCCUCAGCAGGUCCCCCGAAACGUGUAUCCCAGGGGGCGGAUGUCAGGUUUCCGGCAGGCCCUAUCCGCUCGGAGGGGGCGGGGCAGAGCGCUUCAGCUCCUCCCCUCUGAACUGCACGGCCAUGCACGGUAACUUCUCGGUGGGCCAGUACUUCGCGCCGCCCUGGAACAGCGUGCUGGCCACCCCCGACAGCGACUGCUACAACCCUCAGGAUCUUCAGGGGACCGGACCGGGCGGGCCUCAGGAGCAGGGUCCACCUCCGCACGGUCCCGCGGCCUGCGGCGGGGGCCUGUGCUGCACCCUGCCCGCCAAGAGCCUGUGCAGCGGCGCCGCCCUCAGCAGCAGCCUGCAGUCCCUGGAGUUCCUCAUCAGCGGGAUCCGGCCGCCCUGCAUCAAGGAGCAGAUGCUGGGGAAGGGCUACGAGGCGGUGGGCGUUCCCCGGCUGCUGGACCACCAGCACGCCCACAUCCGCCUGCCUGUGUACAGAUGAGAUGCAGGGCUGCGCGGGCUGUACAGGAACUAGGCUUUCUCUGCAAUUAAAUUAAACAGAAAGGAGAUCUUAUUAUGAGUAAAUAGGCCUAUCAAUCUCUGCGUGAGUGCGGGUCUAUGUGCACGUGUUGGCCUGCGCUUGAGUGCGUGCGUGUGUGUGUGCGUGCGUGCGCAGACGCACGUGUGUGUAUACUGAUUUUGUAACGGGCAAUCCUUUCAAAGAGGGAAAUCGCAGACAGGCGUGUCCUGCCGUGGACCGGACGAUACUCGUUUGACCAACGGGGAGAGGUGGACGUGAAACGGACAGGUAGACGACGGGAGGGGGGGGAGCACUUUGCAUUUUCCACUAGGAUUGCCCUCGGUCUCCGUGGCAUGUCCGCUUAGAGCGUUAGAGCUUUUAAUUUUAGUUUUUUUUUUUUUUUUGCUAUAUCUUGUUUGCUGGUUUCAUAUUUUAUUACCCGUUAGUAACGUUUAAGGGCUCAACUUGAAAGGCUUCCCUCUCCCUCUCAUAAAAUUAGCACCCAUAACGAAAGCGGUGAAAAUACGGGCUUUUCCCGCUGACGAAAUACGUGCAGCGGCGUCGGAAAGCGCUCAACUCAAGUGCAGCGGUGAGCGGAAGCAGUUCCACGUAGGUAAAGCGCGCAACUGUUAUUUGCACUAUGCGCAUUUUUCAAGGGUUGAAAUAGUGGGAAAAGAGGGUCUCGGGGUUAGCUGAAUACAACGUAUUUAUGAAAAUACAAACUUGAACCUGUUUGUUUUACUCUGUUAGAUGUACAAUCUUAAUUGGCUGCUAAAGCAAGGAAUUAUUUAUUUGUCGGUGGUAUUUUUAUUAUUUAAUUCAGUUUUUUUCCCCCCCCCGUUUUGUAUUUUAUUGCUGUUUUCGGUUAAUGUGAAGCUGCAGGUCAUGGGACUUGUAGCAGCAGCGAUUCUCUAGGAACGGGUCGCCAUGGUGAUCGUUGCUGGACACCAGUGUAAAAACUGCAUCGGAGCUCACAAGGAAAUGUAAGAGACUGAAGAAUGUUGUUCCAAAACGGAGAUUUGGCCUUUGCACCCUCCCCUGUGUUUUAUUCCCUGGAACCUUUUUAUCAUGCUACGAUGAGCGAAAACAA